UUUAGGACAAGAAAAAAAGGAAGUGAAAAGAAAGUUUUAGGACGGAGGGAGUAAAUAGUUUUAAAUGAGUAUUAACUUUUGAGUUAAUCAUGGUAAUAAUUUAUGUGGUAGGUAUUUUCUCAUGCAUUUAUAGUAUUCUUAGUGGCAGCUCUUCUUGACUAAGCACCCUUUGUUUUACAGAAAACCCCAAAGGAUAAGAAAGCUAGUUUGAUAAUUCGUGGAUUUGUAGAUAAGGUAAUUGCAGGGGUCAUGAACUUUCUACAAAUGCAAAUCCCACCUUUUAUUAGAGUUGAUCUUUUCCGGACCAUUUUUACUCAAGCCUUAAGUGUAGAUAAAAAAUAUGUUAACUGGACACUUAGAUUAGCAAGCAUCCAUGGAAAUAAAGCCCCAUUGCCUUUUAUCAAAUCUGUGGAGGUUUUCUUCUCUGAGAGUCAAAACAUGAAAGCAACUAUUCUAGAUAAAGAACCUCUUCGUCUCAAAAGGAGGACAGCGAAGACAUCAAACCCAUUUGACGUAACUCUCAAAAUUAACUUCAGCGAGGGUUGCAAAUGCGUCUCUACUGAAAUCACAAUUCCAGUUGAUUUUACGGUUUCUGCAAACAAUUUCAAGGACGAGGAGAACCUGGUUUUUGAUAAGCUAAGGAGAGAAGCUAUGUCCGACCCAAGCUGUGGGCAGACUGCACUCAUUGAGAGAGAUGCCAUCCUGGUUCCCAAAACCAACAUCUUUAUCCAUGCCAUUGUAACCAACAUUGUGAAAUAUGAUGCGGCUCAGAGCUCGAGUGCUAAUGAGUCGAAGAGGAAACACGAAGGCUUUAGUGGCACUAUCCCAUCUCGCAAGCGAUCAAAACGCAAUUGGAAACCCAGACUGCCAUUGCCAAACUAGAAGGCACUAUCGCAUUUUGGAAGCAAUCAAUACACCAUUGGAAACCCAGACUGCCAUUGCCAAAUUAAAAGGCUUUAAUGGCACUAUCCCAUCUUGGAAGCAAUCAAUACACCAUUGGAAACCCAGACUGGCAUUGCCAAGUUAGUAGGUUAUAUAGCAGUGAUAUAUCAACCUAAUGUAAAUAGCUUAUCGCCGCUUAGUGAUAUUUUACUCGAAAGUGCUUAUGUUUUGUAGGGACCGAGUGGAUUUUGUUAGGGUCUCACGCACACUCGGCCUGGAUCAUACACAAUUGAUAUGGAAUUACGUAGCCUGUACGAUUAAUAUAUACUCUCUAUACAACUAAAUUUUACACUUUUCU